GAAAGAGGACCACGGCUUCUUGCUUCCCCCCGGAGAUCUCGGCGAGACCGCUACCACCGGAGAUUAUUUAGAAAAGACAGAGAGAGAGAGAGAGAGAGAGAGAGAGAGAGAGAGAGAAGGUGGGUCAAGCAAAGAGAGAGAGAUGGAGGGGGAGGAUGAUGAUGUUUUCUUCGGUUUGACUCCUGCGGGGAUUUGAUUUGGAUUCUGAUUGCUUCCUCGUAGUUUUCUGCCUCUUUCUUUGGUGAAUUCCAUUUUCUUUUGUUGCAUGUUUGCCUCCCCUGCGUCUUUCCGUUUGUCUCUGGCUCGUUCAUGGCGGAAUGAGGUGUUGGCUCUUCUUGGAUUCGACUCCAUCUGAAAUUGACUUGCUGGAUUCGAAUCCUCCUCUGGAAUUCCUUUUCAGUUAUCAAGUUGUAACCUUUAAUUAGUUUCUCCGAUCAAAAUCGAAGCUUUUGUGCAGUUUCCAGACGUCCGCUUGGUCAUUAAUGUCUCUGUUCAGUUAUCAUCUGAAUUCCUUCCAAUUCAAUCUUCUUUCCCUUUCUUUCGGUGUCUUCCUUUUGUUUUUGAUCGUGAAUUCACUAUUUCUGCUCUGUUGGGGUCUCUCGGAUCGAUAGAAGGUUUCAUCCGUUUGGGGUUUCUCGUCAUCGAGAAAUGCGAAAGAAGACUCUCUCUGGGAAUGUUCCUAAAGAUUACUCUUUUCGGAUCGCGUGACGAUCUCCCAAGGCGUUGCUGAAGUCCGUCAGCUCAUCUCUCUUCGAUUUCCCCUGUUUCUCUUCGCCAUGGGCUGCACGGGCUCGAAGCAGCUCCGACGGGACAGCGGGCGGAGCCCCAGUCCUUAUUCUCGCAGCCACUCCCUUCCCAUCCGUUAUGCUGGCGUCGCCGGUGGCCGGUCCGGGGAUGGCCACAACGCCGUCGUCCUCUCCUCCACCACUCUCGGCUCCCUGGUGCUCGACCGCGGCGACCUCAGCUCCGACGACGAGACGAUGGUGAAGAGCGCCACCAACCUCCAGAUGGCGACCGCCGUCAUCGCGAAGGAGCUCGGCCGCGCCAGGACGUGGUCUGAGAUUACCGACCGCCGGAUCCCCAAGACCCCGACGAUGACUCCGCCCGACGAUCCCGAGGUCAUCAACGCCUGGGAGCUCAUGGCCGGCCUCGAGGACGCCAGCCCCCUCAACCUCCCCCCCCCUGCCGCCCUCGACCGCUCCUCCUCCUCCCACACCUCGCAUGACUCCCGUCGCUCGCCACCGGAUUCCGAGCUUUCGAGUGGCUCGUCCUCGCCUAAACCGCAGUGGAUGCAACUCAGCCCAGGGGACUCCGUCAUCUACGAUUUCGACCCGGAGAUCUUGUCCUCCUUCCGUCAGGCCCUCGACGAGCUGUCGCCGCAGCGUCAAUCCUAUUCCAUCGAUCAGCCUAUUGAGCCCGACAACGUGGAGGAGGAGGAAGAAGAAGAGAUGAAGAAGCCAUCUCAUGCAAGAACACGAGCAUUAGAACCCGCCAAGGGGCCACCGUAUCAGUCCCAUUCCAUUCCUCAGCCUCCCGAGUCUGAAGACGAGGAGGAGGAGGUAGAGGAGCCAUCUCAUGCAAGAAGACGAACAGUAGAGCCUGCCGAAAGACCACAUCAUCAAUCCAAUUCCAUCUAUCAACUUCCCGAGCCUGAGGAGGAGGAGGAGGUGGAGAAGAAGCUAUCUCAUCCAAGAACACGAACAGCAGAGUCCGUCGACAGCCGCCAAGUUCCAACACACACCAGCAUUGUCCGAGCAAGGAUCAACGAGUUCCAACGAAAGAUCGACGCUAGGAAGACCAACAUCAACGCCAAUUCGGCAAAGGUGGCGCCUUCCUCCAAAUGCCCGCCCGGCGGUGAGGGGAAGGUCGUCCUCUACUUCACCAGCCUCCGUGGGAUACGGAAGACCUUCGAGGACUGCUGGGCCGUCAGCAUGAUACUGAAAGGCUACGGUGUUCGCGUCGACGAAAGAGACGUGUCGAUGCAUGCAGGAUUCAAGGAAGAGCUAAUCGACAUACUGGGGCCGGUGUACGGCGGCCAUAGGCUGCCGAGGAUCUUCGCCGAUGGGAAUUACUUGGGCGGGGCAGAGGAGGUGCGGCACCUGCACGAGGCGGCGCGACUGGGCAAGUUCUUGGAGUGCUGCGAGACGAUGCCAUCGCGGGGGAAAGGAGGCAGCGUCAUAUCGUCCUGCGAGGGGUGCGGCGACGUCAGGUUCGUGCCCUGCGAGACGUGCUCGGGGAGCUGCAAGGUGUACGUGGAGGAGGAAGAAGACGACGUCGGAGGGUUCCGGAGGUGCUCCGACUGCAACGAGAACGGGCUCGUGCGGUGCUCGCUGUGCUGCUGACGCUGCGCCAAGUGUUCGACGGAUUGCUGUUGCAUGUACAGAAGGAGAUGAAGGAAGCAUAAAGGAGUUUUGAAAGGUUUAUUUAGCUUCUUUCAUCUUUUUCUUUGUUUCAGUUCCAUUUCCUCUUCUUCUUCUUCUUCAUCAUCAUCCAAUGCUUUGUGUUCUUGAGUGAGGAAGACACAGCUGAGAAACCCAUCACCAUGUAAUAAAAUUAAAGCAAUACAACCUGGACAUCAGGGAUCAAA